CGGUACUGGAGAAUAUGGAUUUUAUUUUAAGCAGAGAUGCUGUGCGUUCCACAACUCGUCAGAAAUUUGUCACUAAUUGACAGGAGAGUGUAUUUAUGGAUGCAACGAUGGCGGGAAUGGGUGCAAUUUAUAGAACAAACGCUUUUGCGGGAAAGUCAUGUAACAAAUCCAGGAGACGGAGACAAUAUUGCGUCACUGUACAUUGUUUUAGGAGCAUUCUGUGUCUCCAAGUAAAGACAAAGAAAAUAACAUGAAACAGGACAAUAUGAACAACGAUUAAGGAAACAGCAUUUACACAGGAUAUAAGUGGGUAUGAUUCAAUGAUUGGUCGACACGAAGACAUCUACCAGGAACUUCAAAAUGUUACUACCGACAGAAAACAUUGCAUUGAAUAAGCCAGCAUCGCAGCAGCAUCCAUAUCCUGAUAGACCACAGUGGGGAGCGGAUCGUGCAGUCGACGGACUAAAAUCUAAUUUAGAUAUACUUGGUGAACAGUGCACAAUAUCAGCAGACAAAUAUCUCACAUCAGAAUGGCGGGUGGACCUGCAAGAAGUACUCAGUAUACACCAUAUAUUUAUACAGUACAGGACGGGAAACGUUGUUUGGGACAAAAAUAACGGAUACACCAGUAGAUUCUUGGGAUUUUCGGUAUACAUAUCGAACACAACAGACAAAAAGGACGGGACAUUAUGUUUUAAGGACACCAGCUAUACCAGAGCCACAAUUCCCAAUCCUACAAACAUAACGUGUUUCACACAUGGGAGAUACGUCAUCUACCACAACAAUAGGACUCAGCCUGAGUUUCCUCCUGGGUAUUCUAUGAACGCAUACAACGAGCUGUGUGAAGUAGAAGUGUACGGUUGUCCUGAGCUAGGAUAUGACGGAGAGAAUUGCUCCUCACUGUGUCCAGAAAAGUGUAAAGAUGACCAGUGUUACGCUGGAAAUAAAACGUGUCUGAGUUGCGUUGCGGGUUACAUUGGCUCACAAUGCAUUGAAGAAUGUGAUGGAGGUACAUUUGGUGCACGCUGUAUCAACAUGUGCGGAAAAUGUGCACAGAAUGAACAUUGUCACCAUAUUAACGGCUCCUGUAUGAAUGGAUGUGACCCAGGAUUUUAUGGACACCAAUGCAAAAAGAUUUGUGAAACUGGUAAAUAUGGCAUUGAUUGCCAGCAGAGAUGCAGUGCAUUUUGCCAUACGUCAGGGAUUUGUCAUCAUAUAACCGGGGCGUGUAAAGACGGUUGCAAAAGUGGAUGGAAGGGAACAGAGUGCUUGGAAGUGCAGGAUUAUGGUAAAACGUCUACGACCCUGUAUGUUGUGAUAGCAUCUCUCAGUGUCUUAGUUAUAAAUAAUGUCGUACUAGUUCUCUACGUCAUCCUACUGUGCAAACACAGUAAAAAUCAAAAGAAGAACAAAGCAUAUGAACAGAACAAAAAGGAAAACAUGUUUACACAGGAUACAAGUGGGUACGAUUCGGUGAUUAGUCGAGCCGAAGAAAACUACCAGGAAUUAGCAAUAGUCACCGCCGAUCGAUGAACGAUAACAAUGUUAAUAACAUUUACUUUGUCAUUGAAACCUAACAUACUUUAACAAAUUCUCUUUAUUUACCACUGUGUAUUGAAACAAUUAUUUUUGGCAAGAAAGGAAUUGGGGUAAAAUUCGAGCUACUUAAAUUGCAUUUGUCUUCUAAUUGUAAUGCGCAAUGUCAAUCCACAUCUUUGAUAAACUUUAAGAUUAGACAGUAUUUUAAUAAUGUAUCAUUAAUAUGUAAAAUAUAGUUUCCUGCAUACUCAGUUUCACUAGAUUCUUACCGAAUAAAAUGACAAUGCUGAUGUGUAUAACUAUCAAAUAUAACAUCAAAUGUAUAUCACCAUGAACAUGUUAUAAAUAUGUAAGUUGCUGUCCAAAGAAAAAGUGGUCCACAGUCAAUUUAGAGAACAGAAUAUAACCGAAACAGAAUAUAACUGCAACCGAAUAUAACUAGAUUUUUUUGAUUGUUUUGAUUACACUUAUAUGCUACAUUUGUGUUUUUUGUUUUGUUUUGUUGUUUGUAUUGUGUUAAAUAAGAACCAAU